CAUUACGUUUACCUAAGAAGCGUCGGCAAAGAAAAACGGAAGCCACGUGACCGUAUUUCCUCUUCUUCUUCUUCUUCUAGAUCUCAGCGCAUUUUAUACUGGCAUUAAUUACUAUUGGAUUUAUUUAUUUUAUUUUAUUAAAUAUUUCCACCUUUGAAGCGUGUACUACACGCUCUCCUUCUCCACUUAUCCUCUCUCUCUCUUCCGCCGAUCUUUUACUUUCUUCUGCAAAUCGAAGCUCUCUGUUAGUUCAAAAUUAGAAAAAGAAAAGCUCUCUGCUUCUCUGUUGAAUUUUUUUUCUUCCAUCCUUCCUGAGAAAAUUUACGAAUAAAAAUACUUUUAAACAAAAUGAAACCGACUGCUCCAAUAACUAGUACUACAGCAACCGUCACGGCAUCUUCGACGACGAUUGAGGCCCUUAAAACCCUCAAGUUUGUUAAGCUUGUAGCCAUUGUUGUCCUCUCUGUUUCCCUCGUUUUCCUUGCUACUCACUUAUCCUCCUCCUCUUCUUCUUCCUUCUCGAUCAAUUACUCCUUACAAACUCCGCAAGCGUCGCCUCCGGUUUCUCCACCACCACCUCCUCCCCCUUCUCCGCUACCAUCUCCUCCUCCACCGGCAGUGCGAAGAACGGGGAUAAUCGACGAAAAUGGAGCAAUGUCGGACGAAUUCUUUGUCGGAGAGUCAGGUUCGAACUCUACGACUGGUUAUACGGAGUUCAGUGAUGGCGACGAGGAAGGACGAGAACAAGAAGAGGAGAAAAGAAAGAGUAAGAGCGACGGUGACGUUAGGGUUGGGGUUGAGAAAUAUAAGGUAUGUGAUAAGAGUAAAGUUGAUUAUAUACCGUGUUUGGAUAAUAAGAAAGCAAUUAAGCUGUUUAGUAAGAGUGAAAAAGGGGAGAAAUACGAGAGACAUUGUCCUGGAAAAGAUGAGAUGUUGGAUUGUGUGAUUCCAAGGCCGGAAGGGUACCAGAGAUCUAUACCUUGGCCUCAGAGUCGUGAUGAGGUUUGGUUCAGCAAUAUGCCACAUACUCGUCUAGUUGCAGAUAAAGGUGGGCAAAAUUGGAUAUCAAUAAAGAAAGAUAAGUUCAUUUUCCCAGGAGGUGGAACACAAUUUAUUCAUGGUGCUGAUCAAUAUUUGAAUCAGAUUUCACAGAUGGUUUCUGAAAUUUCUUUUGGCCACCAUGUUCGUGUUGCAUUAGAUAUUGGUUGUGGAGUUGCCAGUUUUGGUGCCUUUCUUCUUCAACGCAAUGUCACCACUUUAUCAAUAGCACCAAAAGACGUUCAUGAAAACCAAAUUCAAUUUGCACUAGAGCGUGGGGUACCUGCCAUGGUUGCGGCAUUUGCUACUCAUCGCUUGUUGUAUCCAAGUCAGGCUUUUGACUUGAUACAUUGGUCAAGAUAUAGAAUUAAUUGGACCCGUGAUGAUGAAAUUUUGCUUCUUGAGGUCAACAGGAUGCUUAGAGCUGGAGGCUAUUUUGUCUGGGCUGCACAGCCUGUAUAUAAACAUGAAGAGAUUCUACAAGAGCAAUGGAAAGAAAUGGAGGAUCUUACUGCUCGCAUAUGCUGGGAACUAGUAAAGAAGGAAGGAUAUAUUGCCAUAUGGCGGAAGCCUUUGAACAAUAGCUGCUAUCUUAAUCGUGAUACUGGAGUGCUACCUCCCCUUUGUAACUCCAAUGAUAAUUCAGACAAUGUUUGGUAUGUUGAUUUGAGUGCCUGCAUCACUCUAUUGCCAGUGAAUGGUUAUGGCUCUAAUGUUAGCACAUGGCCUGCGCGUCUUCAUGAUCCACCUGACAGGCUUCAAAGCAUAGAAAUGAAUGCCUAUAUAUCCAGAAAGGAAAUCUUUAGAGCUGAAUCAAAAUACUGGAAUGAAAUAAUAGACAGUUACAUACGUGCUUUUCGCUGGAAAGAUUUGAAACUACGGAAUGUGAUGGACAUGAGAGCUGGACUUGGCGGGUUUGCAGCAGCAUUACAUGAUCUUCAGAUUGAUUGCUGGGUUAUGAAUGCUGUUCCUGUUAGUGGGUUCAACACCUUGCCUGUUAUUUAUGAUCGUGGGCUUAUAGGAGUUAUGCAUGACUGGUGUGAACCAUUCGAUACUUAUCCUAGAACUUAUGACCUAUUACAUGCAGCAGGUCUUUUCUCUGUUGAGAAAAAGAGGUGUAAUAUGUCAACCAUCAUGCUAGAGAUGGAUCGCAUGCUGAGACCUGGUGGACGUGUAUAUAUACGAGAUUCAAUCUCUGUUAUGGGUGAACUUCAAGAAAUAGCAACUGCAAUGGGAUGGGUGGCUGUGCUGCACGAAACAGGUGAAGGUCCACAAGCGAGCUGGAAAAUUUUGAUCUCUGAGAAACGUAUGUGAUGUGCUUGUUUGAUGAAUAUCUGUAAAACCAUGUUAGCUUCACAACUUUGGGAAGUACGUCAAAAUCACAUAUAGAAAGAAGCUGCUACUCCCUGAACUAAAAAGUAAGAGCUGCAACUCGUUCCAAAUAAUAUAAGUAUAAUCUAUUGUUCUAUGUAUGUAGUAAACAUUACUGAUUGGUAUUACUACAUUUGGACGAACAUAUAUUAAAGGAUUUCAUUUUUCUCUGUUGUAUCCCAAGUGUAAUUGUACAUUACAAAGUUUGCCAUUUUAGUACAUGUUGAAGUUGUCAA